AGUGGAGGUAAGCGAGGAAUGACGGCAUCGAUCCUGACUACGAGUCUAGAUCGCCAGGCGUUUUGGAACAACGGUAUGCGCCGGAUGUAGCACCGAUGAUUGUGUUUGUUGGGUAGGAUUAGCUAGGCAUCCAAUGCAUUGAGGUGCAUAAGAGUUCGUCAAGAUCCUCCGAUUGAGAGUAUAUGUGAAGCUUGACCUCUUCAACAACACCUCCGAGCUCGUGAAGCUCCACAACAACAAACUUCACACCACACAAAAUGACACUACUCCAAACCCUCCUCCGCGCAACCGCGUUCAAAAACCCUCUUCUACGCACCCUCGUCCCCUCUGUCGCACUCGCAUACGGUAUCCAAGCUGCCGUCGCCGUCCCUUCCAUUGCAGCGCAAACAGAACGGUACUAUGACCUCUCUGGCAGCUUCACAUACCUGUCCUGCACAGCACUCAGCUUAGUACUGCCCUACAUGCGAGCCAGAGCCGCAGGUACUAUCACCGGCGGUAUAACCGAGUAUUUUAGCGCCCAGGGCCUGGGACAAGGCACGUGGUGGUGGAGGCAGGCGCUUUUGAGCGCUGCGGUGGGGAUUUGGGCUACGAGAUUGGGCUCCUACCUCUACAAACGCAUAUCCAGCGACGAAGGAAAAGAUUCCCGUUUCGACUCCAUCCGGACGUCCCCGCCAAAAUUCCUCGUCGCGUUCUUCGCACAAGCAACAUGGGUGUCUCUCUGCACCCUGCCAGUCAUCCUGGUGAACUCCGUUCCACGCUCCGCCUACGCAACCUCACUCCUCGGGCAAGCCGUAUCCUCAAAACCCUAUCUAACAGACAUCAUCGGCCUCGCCAUCUUUGUUUUCGGUCUUACUUUUGAGGUUGUGGCUGAUAGACAGAAGGAUGCCUGGGUUCAAGGCAAAAAGCAAAAGAAACACUCUGAAGAAUUUCUGACACACGGCCUAUGGAGUAAGAGUCGGCAUCCGAAUUACUUCGGCGAGGCAACGUUGUGGUCAGGUAUUGCGAUUGCGGCGGCGGGGUUGUUGGUUAGGCAGCCUGCGCAGGCUGCGUUGGGACUAAGUGGGGGCGUUGGUGGGCAGGUGCUUGUUGCGGGUAUGUGUGCGGCUAGUCCGGCUUUUGUGUCGUUCUUGUUGUUGAAGGUUAGUGGCGUGCCAUUGAGUGAGGAUAAGUACGAUAAGAGGUAUGGCGAUCGCAAGGAUUAUCAGAAAUGGAAGAGGGAGACGCCGAUGUUUGUGCCGAAAAUUUGGUAGGAUAUGGCGAGGAGUCUAGAAGAUAGUUCUCUCUAGACUUGUCAAGAGAAAAGACUGUUGGUGAGAGCUGAGUAUGGGAGAAAGUGGAAGUCGAACAAGGCGUAGAAAAGAAUUGAACGACCUUUCUCCAUCA